AUGUCAAAACAUCACCCAGAUUUAGUAAUGUGCAGAAAACAACCAGGAAUAGCUGUUGGUAAAUUAUGUGCAAAGGAUGAAGGAAAAUGUCCUAUUUGUGAUUCAUAUGUCCGACCAUAUAAGAAAGUAAGGAUUUGUGAUGACUGUAACUUUGGAAGUAAUCAAGGAAAAUGUAUCAUUUGCGGUGGAGAAGGAGUAACUGAUGCAUAUUAUUGUAGAAAUUGUGUAUUACAAGAGAAAGAUCGGGAUGGGUGUCCAAAAAUUAUCAAUAUUGGAAGUUCACGUGCUGAUUUGUUUUAUGAACGUAAGAAAAAAUUAAACCAAAAUUAA